AUGGCUGAAGCAAGGUGUUUCCCUGAGGAUCGCAAAGGAAUGCAAGAGGAGAAGACAAUGUGGCUGCGACGCUGGGAGGAGAAGACAGCUAUGCUUAUGCCAUUGGUCGAGCACAGGAAGGAGCUUGGCAUCAUGGUAAGGGUGGACGCAGCAGAAGCACCUAUACUGGCCGAAGCAGAUGACGUCUAUGAGUGGUGGACAGUGGAGGAGGCCAAAGUGCAUGCAAGGGCCAAGCAGGAUGUCCAGAUGGGGGAUGAGAAUGUGCAGGAGACUGGAGGGCCGGGUGCAAGCAUCGCAGUGCCUGCAGCAACAGAGAAGAUGUCGCACAUAGAGGUGGUGUCCCAUCCGGUGUGGAAGCGAUCGUGGCAGACUGUCGCAGAGAGCGAAGACAAGGACAAGCCCAAGAUCAUCGUUCCUCCUGGCUCAAUCCUCCACAAGGGGUGUGAGAAGUCGACAAAGGCCACAGGAAAGAAGGCGCAGGCAGGCACAUUGGUCACAUGGGCCUCGAAGACUGCGAAGCCAAGCUUGUCCAAGAGAGUUGUAGACGAUGAUGAUGAUGACAAUGAAGUCGAGGUGGUCAAAAGCCACACAUGUGCGAAGGGGAAAGCACCAGUGCAUAGCUGGCUCGAUGCCAAGGUCAUGGCCUAA